GGCGGGGCCUCCGCCGCCAACUCGGCUGCGGACCGAGGCGAGAUGGCGGCCACCGAGGGGGUCGGCGAGGCUACGCAAGGCGGCGAGCCGGGUCAGCCGGAGCCGCCACCGCCCCAGCCGCAACCUCCGCCGCCCCAGCAGCAGCAAGAAGUGAUGGCAGCCGAGGCCGGAGAAGCCGUGGCAUCCCCUAUGGAUGACGGGUUCCUGAGCCUGGACUCACCUACCUAUGUUCUAUACAGAGACAGAGCAGAAUGGGCUGAUAUAGAUCCAGUGCCGCAGAACGAUGGUCCCAAUCCAGUGGUCCAGAUCAUUUAUAGUGAAAAAUUUAGAGAUGUUUAUGAUUAUUUCCGGGCCGUUCUGCAGCGUGAUGAAAGAAGUGAACGAGCUUUUCAACUAACCGGAGAUGCUAUUGAGUUAAAUGCAGCCAAUUAUACAGUGUGGCAUUUCCGGAGAGUUCUCUUAAAGUCACUUCAAAAGGAUCUGCAUGAGGAAAUGAACUACAUCACUGCAAUAAUUGAAGAGCAGCCCAAAAACUAUCAAGUUUGGCAUCACAGGCGAGUGUUAGUGGAAUGGCUCAAAGAUCCGUCUCAGGAGCUUGAGUUUAUUGCUGAUAUUCUUAAUCAGGAUGCAAAAAAUUAUCAUGCCUGGCAACAUCGACAGUGGGUUAUUCAGGAAUUUAAACUUUGGGAUAAUGAGCUGCAAUAUGUAGACCAACUUCUUAAAGAGGAUGUGAGAAAUAAUUCUGUCUGGAACCAAAGAUACUUUGUAAUUUCUAACACCACUGGCUACAAUGAUCGUGCUGUAUUGGAAAGAGAAGUCCAGUACACUCUGGAAAUGAUCAAACUAGUACCACAUAAUGAAAGUGCAUGGAACUAUUUGAAAGGGAUUUUGCAGGAUCGUGGUCUUUCCAAAUAUCCCAAUCUAUUAAAUCAGUUACUUGAUUUGCAACCAAGUCACAGUUCCCCCUACCUAAUUGCCUUUCUUGUGGAUAUCUAUGAAGAUAUGCUAGAAAACCAAUGUGACAACAAGGAGGACAUUCUUAGUAAAGCAUUAGAGUUAUGUGAAAUCCUAGCUAAAGAAAAGGACACUAUAAGAAAGGAAUAUUGGAGAUAUAUCGGAAGAUCUCUUCAAAGCAAACACAGCACAGAAAGUGACCCACCAACACAUGUACAGCAAUAACACCAUCUAGAAGAACUUCAUAGAAUGCUUUUAUUUUUUUAAGAGACUCUAAUGCAGGAGUUUAAAACUAGAGUGAGCAUUCCUUUUGCCUGUGGUGUAAAACUUGCACAGGUAUUGCUUUUUAACAAGAACUAAGUGUAAUAUUCCCUGGGUGCUGCUGCUAUUCAUACUAGCUCUAAGUCAUUUGAUCCUUUUAAAGCAAUUUGGGGGGAGGGAAAAGAAGAAAAGUCACAUAAAGGAACUUUUAUAGUCUCAUCAAUAUUUACUCUAAUCCUUUAGUAUCAGCUCCUUAAAUGGUGUAUGCAUCAGGAUUUGCAGCACUGAUGACUGCAGAUAACUGGUAUGUAACGGAUAUGACGUAACUUCAAUUCCGGUUCAGGGAGCAAGGAAUGAAACUGUUACAUUAGAGCUGUUAUGCCACACUCACAGUAUCUCGCUAUCACUGUAACCAACUAAUGCCAAAAGAAUGGUUUUGUAAUAAAAUUAUAGAUGUAUCCUAAAACAA